AUGUUCACGGAUCUCAACGUCGGUAGUGCGGUACCAAGCUUUGCGACUGGGUGGGAGGCAGCGGCUUCCACAUCCGUUAGUUUCACGGUGCCGAACAAUUGGAAAGCAGGAAGGAUCUGGGGUCGUCGGGACUGUGACUUCAGUAUACCCAAUCCAAACUCUUGCUUGGACGGAGGUUGCAACGGCAUUGGAAUGCUUUGUGACGCCCACACUGGCACAGGCGUGCCGCCAGCGACCGUUGCAGAAUUCACUCUCACCGAUCCGACGAUGGAUUUCUAUGAUGUUUCGUUGGUAGACGGGUAUAACCUGCCGAUGAGAAUCACCAAUAACGUCGGCUGUCCUGUGGCUGAGUGCCCGGUUGACCUUGGGCCAAACUGUCCUGCUCCACUCAAAGGCCCCUUCGACUCCGUUGGAUUUCCAGUGGGAUGCAAGAGCGCCUGCGACGCGAACCUUGACGGUAACCAAGCGAACAGUCCAAACUGCUGCAGCGGUAGCUUCAGCACUCCUGCUACUUGUCCCAACUCAGAGGGGAACUGCCCCAACGCCUAUGCUUAUGCGUUCGACGAGAGCAGUGGAACGGCGCUUUGGACCUGUGACUCUGCCAAGAACGCUGAUUACACUGUGAUGUUCUGCCCUUGA